UUGGAGUACGUGAGCGAGCAGAAGGAUGUUUUCAACUGGAAGGCCCCGUCACACAUAUUGCCGACUAAUUCUAUUUCAGUUGAUGAAUCUAGUAUAUGCGGCAGGACUAAUGAUAAAGAGGCCAUGGUCAGCAUUUUGCUCUCAGAUAAUCUGACUGGCCAAGAUGUAACCCGAGUGAUCGUGAUCGUGGGUGUUCCUGGGAUCGGUAAGAGUACACUUGCUCAGCUCAUGUACAGCGACAGCAGAGUCCAAGGGUACUUUGACCUCAAAGUAUGGGUCUGUGCUUCAACUGACCUAAACAUAUACACGGUGACAAAGACGAUCUUAGAAGCAGUCACUAAGUUGCCUUGUGAUAUCGAGGAUCUUAAUCUGCUUCAACUGAGAUUGAAGGAAGAAGUUACUGGCAAAAGAGUUCUACUUUUGUUAGACGAUGUCUGGAAUAUUGAAGAUCGCAUAGAAUGGGAAGUUCUCAGAAGCCCCUUCCAAUUUUGCCAGCAGGGGAGUGGUAUAGUUGUCACUACACAGAGUGAACAUGUCGCCGGGACAAUACGCACUCUCCCAGCCUAUCAUCUGAACCCGCUGCCUUGCGAAGAUAGUUGGAUUCUGCUCUCCAAAUAUGCAUUUGAUGGUGGAUCCUUGAUUACUGAUCCGGGGCUAGAAGUGAUUGGCAGAGAGAUAGUUAACAAGUGCAGAGGGAUUCCUUUAGCUAUCAAGAGCCUCGGGAUUCUUCUCCGAACAAAGCCGGAUCGUGAAGAGUGAGAUAGGAUACCGAAAGAUGACAUAUGGGACUCAUCACACGACAUGACAACCGUUCUGCUAAGGAUCAAAAAUGGAAUUGCCAAAGGGCGAGAACCAAUUGCUGUGGGUAGUGGCAACUCUUUGAUGGCUUCCAAACAGCAUUGGCAGAUUAGGAAUAUUCAGACCAAGCGAGCGAGGCUUCCGAUAUAUUGUGUUCUGUGGCUCAUUGUAUUGGGCAUCCUGAGUGUUGCAGUAUUUGAAACUGCAAACAAAGUUCAGAUUACUAAGAGGAAGGAAGAACUGGCCGGUAUGUGCAACGGCAGGGCCAAGACGCUCCAGGAUCAAUUCGAGCACCACGUUAACAACACCAACACCUUCGCAAUCUUUCUCACACAACUGCAUAGAUUAGAUCGCCUCCUAGACAAAGAACAGGUAAUAGCUGCUUGUUUUAAGUCCCUUUGCCAUUCGGAGGGACUUAAGCAUCGGCAAUGUCGGGACGCUCUUCUAAUUGUGGUACUAUGUGAUUUUGCAAAAAAAGAGCGAGGAAUUUCUCAGGAACUACUUGUUGGCUACUGUCCACAUCCAUCCAUUCCUGGAAGCAGUGACCAUCGAAGGUUCAAUUAUCAGAAACGUAUAUAAUUCCGUCAUGGCGACUCAAAGCAUGGAUGUGGACAGUUCUGCAUUAUGCCUGAAUCCAGGAAAGGUAAAUGUAUAGUGUGCGCACCCGAAUUUCGUCUCGUCGGGGCACGCAUGCGCGAGCCUAAAUGCAACGCGGCUUGGGAGUGUCCACCUUCCCGGGGACGCGCGACGGACG